AUGCAUCGACAUAUACCACUGUUAUAUAAACGAUCUCGUCGUUUACUUUAUUCAUAUUCUUAUAAUGCGAGUAACGUUCGUCGAUCACUAUCACAUAAACAAAAGUUAAAUGGAGUUAAAUCAGAUCAAAGCUUCCAGUCGAGACACUCAAAAGUUAGCGAGAGUGAUGAGCUUACAAAUGAUAUAGACACAGUUGAAAAUGUUAUCGUUACAUCAAGACAAAAUAGAGGAUAUUUUGGAAAAUGUUGGACAAUUUGGAAUGAAAUUAUUGAAGGAAUAUCGACUUAUACCUUUGGUAACGAUAAAGUACAAAAUGAAAAAAUACGAGCAAAAUUUAUAUUACGAACAGUAUUGAUUUAUAUCAUUUUUAUUACAAAUAUAUUUAUAUCAUCAGUCAGCAUGUAUUCGACAGACGCAUUUCGUCUAACAAAUAGUUUUGAACAACGAAUUAUUGGUGCUCUGUUCGACAUGGACCGUGGAGCAGAAGCACUUGAAGAACCGUUGCCAAAAGACUUAGAGGAAAAAUAUGCACAUUUAUGGAAAAUUAAUUUUACGAGUAUUACCAAUUUUCGAGAGGUACUGAUGGGAAUGAUAAAACGGAAGAUCGACAGCUGGAAUUCCGCCAUUGUCGCUUUUUCUCGAUAUUCAAAAUCAAAUCUGAUUUUCGACAUUGUCGAGUUUCAGGUUGUUUUUCGGCUAUUGUCGAUUCGACAAGUACGUUCAAGACGUUGGCCUUGCAAUACACACCAACGUUUUUUGGAUGAAAUUACCGAUUGUUAUGGAGCAUACACUGAAUCAAAUGAAGAACGAGAACCAUUUGGUCCAUUGACCGAUCAAUCAUUUCGUCAACGUCCACUCAAACUACGUCAGCCAUGGAGAUAUCAGAGUCCAGUUAUUACAAAAAGUGGCAUAGUCAAAGGCCGUUUUGCUACUUACGGUGGUGGAGGUUAUUAUGUUGAUCUAGGCAUUUAUAAUCGAACAUUUCGUCGUGUUAUUGAAGAAUUAGAAUAUUUAAGAUCAGAGAAGUGGAUCGAUCAUGGUACGCGCGCUCUGAUAAUUGAUCUUGUAUUGUACAAUCCAAGUGUCAACUUGUUCUGUUACGUUAAAUUAACGAUUGAAUUACCAGAAACUGGUGGAGUAUUUCCACAAUAUAAAAUUGAGGCUCGUCGAUUAUUGCGUUAUUUUACACUCAUCCAUUCUUUUGUUUCCGGUUGCGAAAUUAGUUGUGUUUGUUUUACGAUAUUUUUUCUCAUCGCCGAAAUGAUUAAAAUAAUAAAAAUGAGAUGGAAAAUAUUUUUAGGAUUAUGGAAUUUAAUGGAUAUGCUUUUUUUGACCAUAUCCGUUCUUAUAGUCUACGUUAAUCUUAAACGUAUUUUAAACGUCAACGGAAAUGUCAACGAAAGUGGAAAAAAGGUGUGGGAAACCAAUGUGUAUAGUAUGACACAUGAUACGACAUUAGCGCCAAGACGACGAGAUCAAGCUUUAUUCGAUACACUCAUGGCUUUUUUAUCAUCAUUAAGCAUCAUAAGAAUAUUUAAAUAUGCCGAUUUUAGUAUUGAUCUAAUCUAUAUCAAAGCAACAUUGAAACUAUGUUUUGGAGAUUUAUUUGGUUUUCUCAUCAUGUUUAUAGCCAUUUUGAUUGCAUACGCUCAAUUUGGUAACUUAGUUCUAGAUGUUAAACAAUUAAAAGAUGAAUAUAAACCAUUACGAGUUCAACUGUGGCCAGUUGUUAAAGAUAAAAUUAAAGCAUUUUUAAACGAUAAUCCACGAGUUCAUGAGAGAUUAAAAUUUAUUACACGAUUUUUACUAGCAGAAUGGAAUGAACGACAUACGAUCGGAUAUCAAAUUAAAAAACUGAGAGAUAUAGGUUAUAAAAGAAAAAUUAUUGAUAAACUGUUAAAAGAUUUUGAUCAAGAAAAAGAUAUUAUGAUUAUGACCGAAGAAGAGCGAAAAGAAUUUCGCGAUUUUGCUCAACAAGAAUAUUUACAACAAAAAGAAAUGUUAAAAGGAUUAUUUCAACAUGGAAUGCCGUUGAAAUAUUUAAUUGAAGAGCAAGAAUUUCAUUGGCGAGCGAGAUCUUUUUGUACCCCACAGGACUGGAAAACAUUACAGUUUCGUUCAUUGCGAUUUGAAGAACUGUUAACGCUAACUGAGGCCAAGGUGAUUUAUGCUCUUACAUCCUCAAAUGAAGCAAAAAAGAAACCAUAA